UGAUGUCAGUGCGUGCGUGCUCACGCUGCCUCGGUGUUGACGUGGCGUCUCUGUCUCCAGUAAUCUAGCAGCAGAAGUAAUGAGGCUCAUAGAGGGAACUGGACAAUGGCCUAAUCACUAAAGUCAAGUGGACCAUACUCGUUUCUCAGUGAAAAAUGACUGGAAGGAACCAGCACAAUGGUUUUCAAUUUGCAACCACAGUGCAGCCACCCACGAGUGGUUACAUGUCCGCUUUUGGGAACAACUCAGAGACUGAAUACUCGGAGGAAGAUGGAGAGAGCUUUGAGCUGCGUUCCAGAGGCAGGGAAAGGCAUCGCAGGCACAGCUCAUCUACAGAUCGCAAGGACGAUAUUGUAUACUUGAUAAGGGACAUAAAAGAGGGAGAUACGCUGAUCAGUAUUUCUCUGCAAUAUUUCUGUACUGUUGCAGACAUAAAGCGGGCCAACAAUCUUCUAACUGAGCAGGACUUCUUUGCGCUGCGGUCAAUAAGGAUCCCUGUGAGAAAGUUCAGCUCAUUCACAGAAACUCACACUACCGCUCCCCACAAAAGCAGCUCACCCUGCAGCACUCGCAGAAUCACAGAAAUACAGAUUUCUGGAGCUCCCUUGGACUCUUCGUCCUCUAACUCAUCUGUGGACAGCGUGGAGUGCUUCCUGCAGGAGAAAGACAAGGACAUUCAACUUCUCGUCAAGUCAUCUGCCCCUUCCAGGAACGGCCUGAACGAGGUGGUGUCCUCACUGGAGCAGCCGCUGUUGGGAGACCCCGAGCGCAGACCGGCCCAUAAGAAAGACCCGUACUAUGGGGCUGACUGGGGAAUGAGAUGGUGGACCGCAGUGGCCAUCAUGUUGGUCGUGGGCAUUAUUACACCUGUUUUUUACCUGUUGUACUAUGAAGUUUUGAUGAAAGCAGAUGUAAGCCACCACACUACCAUAGACUCUAUCAGGCCCGGACCAACACAGCCAGCCGUCGCUGAGCCUCUUGGGUUACCACGGGCCAAUGCUGCCUCUCACCAAGACUCUCACCUACAGCCUGCUAUUGAACAGCAACAUUUUGUGAAGCACAAAAAGGAAACGUAAAGGAGCACUUGGAUCACCAGGAAAUUAAUUUGAAGGCAUUUAUGGAUGGCUUAAGCGAAAUCACGUUUUAAAAAUGAAGUUGAACUGAAACGUGAAAGGAUCAAGUAAUCAAGAAAUGAUUCCAAUCCUAUCGGCAUAUUUCCUUGAUGCAUUUUGCACAGUUAAAUGCUGGUUUUGUUGGUUGUCUGUCACUCAUGAGCCAGUGUAUAGCUCUGUACCUCUAUUAAGCUCGUUCGCCUUGACGGCAAACAUGAUACAUUAAGACAUUUGCUGCCACUGUCUUGUUGUCAGGGAAAUAAACACAUUAAUUUAUUUUAGGAAGUGUAGUAUCCAGAUUCAGUAUUGCAACUGAUGGUAAUAAAGUUGCUGGUUUUAAUUUUUAAACUUGCUUGUAAAGAAAAACAAAACUUAAAAUGGAACCAUAACGACUUCCUGGUUUACUUCUAGCAAGAGCACAGGGGUGAUUUGUAAAAUAUUCUCGCAUGUGCUCGAUUCAAUUCAAGUAGCAGAGAUGUAAAGAUUUCUAUGAAACAUGGAGUUCAGUGAUUGACUUUUGAACAGUACGUGCCUUUAUCUUGUAGACUGUAGAUGUGGGUUGAAAAUAAAGGAAUUCUAUUUUAGUA